AUGCUAGGCCAGGACCAUAAUAUGAGGAUGAGAUCUUUAGAUCCCUCUUCUCAAGUCUAUUCCCACUCCAGAUCAAGAACCUCCUCUUCCACCAUAUUUCCACCAGUUCUCCCCCAAAUGCAACAAAUGCAGCAAAUGCAACAGAUGCAACAUCUUCAACAACCACAGCCCUCCCCGGGCCACACUCGACGAUCUCCUUCCGUCAAUACCUUCAGCACCACCUCCAGCCAUGCCCCUCCUGCCGCCUACCGGAAUUCGCCUUCUGCCGAAAUUCGACGUAGUACUUCCUCUAGAUCAGGAGGUGCGCCUCCGACCAGCUAUGUUGCCUUGCUUCGAAAACAAAAGGCUACCGUAUGGUGCGACCGAUCACAAACCGAAGACCCCCGACUCCUAGCCCAGCAGCGUGCGGCGAAACAAAGGGCCAACCAAGAAGUUAUCGGUGGUGCGUUGCAAAGCCGUAGCUCGACAGGAAUUGGCAGCACCUCCGGAAAGGUGGCUGCCAAGAUUCGCCAUCACGGCAAGCCAGGCGUGGUGGGAUACACACCCGACACUACCUACAUGGGCGUAAGCGGGGUUCCCAUGCGACUGAGCGCUACCGAGGUCGAAGGCGAAGACGGCGACGAGGAUGACUUGUCAAUGCGCCGCUUGAAUCACCGUAGGACGGGGAGCAGCGGUCGCAGUAGUACUGCUAGCAGCAGACGUGGUCUCGCCUAUCGUACCUCGGGCGCUUCUCAGGGCAGCAAGAAAUGGAGCCCAGGCGACACGCCAGAGCGCGCGGGCAGCAUGGUCAUCGAAGAUCCCGAAUUCCUCCCUGGCGACGACAAAUUGAAUCGCGCUUCAAGCACUCGUAGUGGAAGCAGCGCAGAGAAGGCUGACGUCCUUCCUGAACUCGGGAACGCCCAUGCCGCUAAGCUAGCGAGCAAAAGCAUGCUUAAUGCCGCUCUGACUAGAGAGAAGAGCGUCAAGAACCCAGAGGAACUCCGACGGAGAGGCAGCGUUGAUGAACGAACCAUGACUCUCACCGGUGGGCGUCUAUAUAUCGCCAACCCCGACUAA